AUGUCUCUUGAGGUCAGGCACCCUGCCCGCCCGGGGUGCAUGCUGACGCUUCACGGCGACGCCGACGCGAUGGCCUUCCAGUGCACCGGCUGCAUGGAAACCGGCAAAGGCCCAAGGUACACCUCCGGCGACCACGUCCUCCACACGUACUGCGCCCUCGCGACACCCACGCUGCAGCACCCGCUGGUGGAGGGUAUCAUGGAGCUCCGGCUCGUCGCCCCCACCGGCGGCGACGCCGUCCGCUGCGACGCCUGCUACGACGCGGUGCGAGGGUUCCACUACCACAGCUCCACGAGUGGCGUGGACCUGCACCCAGGUUGCGCCAAGAUGCCGAGGUCCAUCACGCUGCGGGGGGGCACCAUCUUCGAUCUCCGGACGGAGGUGUCUCACCGGUGCACCAGCUGCAAGGCGAUGGAGGGGUUCUACCGCCCAUGGUUCUACCGCUCCGAAAACAACCCUGACCAACGCAUGUACCUGCACGUCAAGUGCAUCAAGGAGAUCCAGGACGCCGGCGACGACGACGAGGUGAGGAUGAUGGUCCGCCUACAAGAGCGUGCUGGCCGGAACGUUAGGCUAGAGAGGCGCGUAUGCAAAACGCUUGUGAUCAUGGUGCGCAUCGUCUUCAGGCUGCUCAUCGGGGACCCGACACCGAUACUCACAGAAGGAGUGAACGCCAUCGUCUCCAUGGCGAUGCAGUAG